CAGGGAAGCCACAUAAUCCCCAAUGGAGAACAGUACAGAGGUGACUGAGUUCGUUCUUGCAGGGUUAACAGAUGACCCAAAGCUCCAGAUCCCACUCUUCACGGUCUUCCUUCUCAUCUAUCUCAGCACUGUGCUUGGGAACCUGGGAAUGAUAGGGUUGAUUCUGCUGGACACACGCCUCCACACUCCCAUGUACCUUUUCCUCAGUCACCUAUCUCUGGUGGACUUUGGUUAUUCUUCAGCUGUCACACCCAAAGUAAUGGCAGGUCUCCUUUCAACAGAUAAACUCAUAUCCCACAAUGCUUGUGGCACCCAAUUCUUCUUCUUUGUGGGCUUUAUAACUACAGAAAGUUUCCUCCUGGCUGCCAUGGCCUAUGACCGCUAUGCAGCAGUGUGCAAGCCCCUGCAUUACACCACCACCAUGACUACAAACACAUGUGCUUGUCUGACCAUAAGCUCCUAUGUCUGUGGCUUCCUGAAUUCCUCCAUCCACACUGGGAACAUUUUCAGGCUCUCCUUCUGCAAGUCCAAUGUGAUAGACCACUUCUUCUGUGAUGCCCCUCCUCUCCUGGCCCUCUCAUGCUCAGACACCUCUGUCAGUGAGAUGGUAAUUUUCUUUGUGGUGGGCUUCAAUGAUCUCUCCUCUAUUGUAGUUAUCUUGAUUUCCUACCUGUUUAUAUUCAUCACCAUUCUGAGGAUGCACUCAUCUGAAGGACGCCAGAAGGCUUUUUCCACUUGUGCUUCCCACCUCACUGCAGUCUCCAUCUUCUAUGGGUCAGGUAUCUUCAUGUACUUACAGCCCAGCUCCAGUCACACUAUGAGCACUGACAAGGUGGCAUCUGUGUUCUACACCAUGGUCAUCCCUAUGCUGAACCCUCUGGUCUACAGCCUGAGGAACAAAGAGGUCAAGAGUGCAUUACAAAAGGCUGUGGAGAAAGCAAAAUUUUCUUUAGCACUCACAUUUUAAAUAUAUAGAAUCUGCACAAAGA